AUGAACUAUUUUCUUGGACUCCAAAUUAAGCAACUUAAGAAUGGUAUCUUCAUCAGCCAAUCAAAGUACUGCAAAGAGUUGUUGAAAAGAUUCUACAUAGAUAGUUGCAAGGCAAUGUCUACUCCAAUGGGAUCCGAAACUUAUGUUGAUCAAGAUGAAUCAGGUGUUUCGAUUGAUAUCACAAAGUAUCGAGGUAUGAUUGGUUCCUUACUAUAUUUGAAGGCAAGCCAUCCUGAUAUAAUGUUUAAUGUGUGUCUUUGUACGAAAUUUCAAGCCAAUCCAAAGGAAUCGCAUCUCACCGCUGUUAAAAGGAUCAUGAAGUAUCUCAAAGGAACAACGAAUGUCGGCCUAUGGUAUCCAAAAGGUAGUAUAUGUAAUUUAGUUGGAUAUUCUGACUCGGAUUAUGCUGGUUGUAAAACUGAUAAAAAAAGUACAAGUGGAACAUUAGUUUCUUGGGCGUGUAAGAAACAAGCAUGUAUUGCUCUUAGCACUACAGAUGCAGAAUACAUAGCAGCAGGAAGUUGUUGUGCUCAGAUUCUAUGGCUAAAGCAACAACUGAGUGAUUUCAGACUAAAUCUUGGAUGCAUACCACUUCGAUGCGACAACACAAGCGCAAUAAAUAUAACAAAGAAUCCAGUCAUGCAUUCUCGUACUAAACACAUAGACAUUCGACAUCACUUAUUACAUGAUCAUGUGCUCAAAGGUGAUGUUUAG